AUGGAAUUUAAGGGUACAACAUACUUUUUAACAAAUUGUAUUGAUGAAUUGUGUUUACAUGACAUUUUAGAAAUAUUAGUUAUAAAACAAAACUAUAAAGUUAAAUUUAUUGUUCAACAAAUUGAAAUAGAUUUAUAUAACUCUCAUUUAAAAUCAUACCAGAUAAAUAAAACCAAAAAUAUUAUUUUAAAAACAAUUUUAUGUCCUGGGGAAUGUAGUUUACCACCAGUAAAUUUACAUGAAGUCCCUAAUGCCAACAUAAUGUUAAGAUUAAAAGAAUAUUAUUCAGAUUAA